UCCUCCUUUUAUGUGAUCUCUUCUCUCCUCUCCUUUCCUCUCCUCUCUACUCUCGGCUCCUUUUGGUCUCUCCCUCUCUUCUGCUUCUUCUUCUUAAAAUGUAAUCUUUGUUCUUCUCAGCCUGCCUUCUUUGGCUGGCCUUUUUCUUUUCUUUAGACUCUAAACCAAAUCAAAUAAAAACUCCCCAUGUUUUUAUUCUUCCUUGUUUCUUUUCUUCUAACAAUUUACAGUAACAAAUAACAGUGGCAAAGAUGAUAUCAACUUCUUCAUCUCAAAAGAAAAACCUUCAAUCUCUUUUAGCCACCAAUCUCAAGAAACUCACUAUAACUCCACCUUCUUCCAAUCAUGACUUUGACUUUUCCGAGGUUUUUGGCCCUUUGACUCCUCACCAUCACCCCAACCCCAUCCCAUCGCCAUCCUCCACUUCAUCCCCAUCUGCUUUUCUAGGGGACCCUCAAAUUAUCCACACCAGGUCCCACUCUUACGUGGGCCCUUCUCCUCGUUACACCCUCGCUUCUUCCCUCCCUUUCCAUAUCCAAGAAAUCCAGGAAGCUGAAACUGAAACCGAAAAUGAAGAAGCUGAAGCUGACGUUGAAAAAGCAAACACCAAGAUUGGGCCGGAGGAUUUUGAGAUUUUGAGAGUAGUUGGAAAAGGAGCUUUUGGGAAAGUUUUUCAAGUGAGGAAAAAAGGAAGGAAUGAUGAGGAAGGUGAAAGUGAAACUGAAGGUGAUGGGAUUUUUGGUAUGAAAGUUAUGAGGAAAGAUACAAUCAUUAAAAAGAACCAUGUCGAUUACAUGAAAGCUGAGAGAGAUAUCCUCACUAAAGUUGUUCAUCCCUUUAUUGUUCAGCUUAGAUACUCCUUCCAGACAAAGUCUAAGCUUUAUUUGAUCCUUGAUUUUAUAAAUGGAGGUCAUCUCUUCUUUCACCUUUACCGCCAGGGGAUAUUCAGCGAGGAUCAGGCAAGGUUUUAUACUGCUGAGAUUGUAUCUGCUGUUUCACACCUGCACAAGUGUGGAAUCGUGCAUCGAGAUCUUAAACCCGAAAACAUUCUCGUGGAUGCUGAUGGACAUGUUAUGCUCACUGAUUUUGGACUGGCCAAGGAAAUUGACGAAUCAAGCAGAUCAAAUUCAAUGUGUGGGACCACAGAGUACAUGGCUCCAGAAAUUUUACAGUCCAAAGGUCACAAUAAAGAUGCAGAUUGGUGGAGUAUCGGGAUACUAUUGUAUGAAAUGCUAACUGGGCAGCCUCCUUUUACACAUGCAAAUAGGCAGAAGCUUCAGCAAAGAAUUAUCCAAGAGAAAGUCAAACUUCCACCAUUCCUUAGUACUGAAGCUCACUCUUUACUCAAAGGGUUGCUGCAGAAGGAACCAUCAAGAAGGUUGGGCAGUGGGCCUAGUGGAGGGGAUGAGAUAAAGAAACAUAAAUGGUUUCGGUCAAUAAACUGGAAGAAAUUAGAAGCUAGAGAAAUCCAGCCUAAGUUCAAACCAGAUGUGAGUGGGAAGGACUGUACAGCCAACUUUGACCAGUGCUGGACGACAAUGCCUGCAGAUGACUCACCAGCCCCAACACCAACAGCAGCCUCAAUUUUCUGGGAGCCAAAUGUCAAAAGAGCGGCAGAGUAGCUCGAAGCCUUAUUCAUUCGUGAUGCAGCCAGGCCGACGAAAUGAAUCUCUCAUGGUUCAUGAAGAGAAAAGAGACAGUGAUGGCAUUUUUGAUGCCUAUAUAAGGAAGGUACAUGAGAAGAACCGAAGCAAUUUGCAUGAAGCAUCAAAGCUUUCUCCCUACAUACUGCCACCUCCACCCACACCGUUACGUAGAAAGAAGUAACCAUAUUCAUAUAUAUAUAUAUAUAUAUAUCCCAUCUCUACUACUGAAUUUCAGUUUCUAGUUUUUAUCUGCUGCGCAGUAUAAAGCAUAAAUAAGAUAUUACUCUAUUUUGCUUUCUUGAACAUGUUAGUUAUUUUCCUUUUGCUUUUUGUAAUGUUAUCUGAAGUCCUGAUUAUCUUUGCCUAUAAUUUAUGAUUCCUUCACAUCUUUUUCAGAUUGUUUGGUAUAAUUUAGAA